AUGGAUUCCGUAAAUGCUUCUAUCCUAUCUCAUCUCAUUAUCCUUUUAGGUCAAAUUUCUCAAGUGAAAACCUGUCAUUCACACCUAUGGCCUAUCUGUUCAAACUGUUCAAGUGAUGACCUGUUCGAGGAGACCGUACCUUGUAAUACUAUUCCAUCGGACACGUCUAUUCGUCAUAACUCCUAUACAACAAGAAUGAAUUCUGCAACUACCGCUCAUUUUGGGACUGUAUCCACAUCUUAUGCAUCCAAUCCACUAAAUAUAGGCGAUACAAUUUGUCGACGGUGCCUGACCAUACAGCGGCCGCAUUGUGCUGGUGAAGUUGGCGGUUUUGGAUCUCGGUUUUCCUUGGAAUUUGAGGUGCUAUUAUCCCUUGAUUCGAAACCUGGAGCUCUUGCAUCAUCCAAAUCCUCUUUAUUCGAUGAUUCCCGCAAGGGCUUCUGUUCUAGUGAAGCAAGCAGGAAGUCGGAACAACAAAUAGCUGUAAACGUAAGUGGACUUUAUUGUUAG